CUGGACAGCUGAAAUGUGAGGGGUCACAAUGGGAGGAUAAAUACAAGAGCCAGCAGGCUGGAAGGGUGUCACAGACGAAGGCCGGAUCUUCUAACUCCUUUUCUCUCAGCUCUCCUCCCAACCUCAAAGAGUCAGGAUGCCUCACGCAUACCCUUUCCUCACUCCUGAGCAGAAGAAGGAGCUCAGCGAUAUUGCUCUGAGGAUUGUUGCUCCCGGCAAGGGAAUCCUCGCUGCAGAUGAGUCCACUGGUAGUGUGGCCAAGCGCUUCCAGAGCAUCAAUGCUGAGAACACUGAGGAGAACAGGAGGCUGUACCGGCAGCUCCUCUUCACUGCUGAUGACCGCGUUGCACCUUGCAUUGGUGGCGUCAUCCUCUUCCACGAGACCAUGUACCAGAAGACCGACGAUGGCAAGCCCUUCCCACAGCACCUCAAAGAAAGAGGCAUGGUGGUUGGCAUCAAGGUCGACAAAGGUGUUGUCCCUCUGGCCGGAACCAACGGCGAGACAACGACCCAAGGUCUUGAUGGACUGUAUGAGCGCUGUGCCCAGUACAAGAAGGAUGGUGCUGACUUCGCUAAGUGGCGUUGUGUCCUGAAGAUCACCCCCACCACCCCUUCACGGCUGGCCAUCAUUGAGAACGCCAAUGUCCUGGCUCGCUAUGCUAGCAUCUGCCAGAUGCACGGCAUUGUCCCCAUUGUCGAGCCUGAGAUUCUUCCUGAUGGUGACCACGACCUGAAGCGCUGUCAGUACGUCACUGAGAAGGUCCUGGCUGCCGUCUACAAGGCCCUUUCCGACCACCACGUCUACCUGGAGGGCACCCUGCUCAAACCCAACAUGGUUACAGCUGGACACUCCUGCUCACACAAGUACAGCAACCAGGAGAUUGCCAUGGCAACUGUUACUGCUCUGCGUCGCACUGUGCCCCCUGCAGUCCCCGGAAUAACUUUCCUGUCUGGUGGCCAGAGUGAGGAGGAGGCCUCAGUGAACCUGAAUGCCAUGAACCAGUGCCCUCUGCAUAGACCCUGGGCUCUGACCUUCUCAUAUGGUCGUGCCCUGCAGGCCUCUGCUCUUAAAGCCUGGGGUGGCAAGAAGGAGAAUGGCAAGGCAUGCCAGGAAGAGUUUACCAAGAGAGCUCUGGCUAACAGCCAGGCCUGUGUGGGCAAAUAUGUUUCUUCUGGAGCCAGCACUGCUGGUGGAGAUUCACUGUUUGUGGCUAAUCAUGCUUAUUAAGCAUGGACACCUUUCCCAACCGCAACUUACCAGUACUGCAUCACAUAGGAAAAGAGCACGUCCUUUAUGGCAGCGCCUUUGAAUGUCUCUACUCACAAGUUACCACAGCAACAUUAAUAACAUCAACAACACCUUGGCAGAAAACAAAGGAGAAAGAUCAGGAAAAUCUUUGUUUCUAGUGGUUGCUGAAAAAUGUUCUGCCACCAUUCCCUUACCUUUUAUGUUUAAACACCUUUUUUUUACAGGUGAAAAUUCCCACACUGUUUUUACACAACUUAUACUAUUUUUCUUGGUUUCUUUCCAUCAAGUGCAGUAUAUAAUCUGCACCAGUACCAUGGAAUAAAGUCUUUACGCAAACAA